AUGGACGACCUUAGCUUCGCAGCGUUGUGCGACGACUUUUCGCAGCAGCCGUGCGGCGAUUUUUUGCAGCAGCCGUGCGACCAGCUUAGUGCGAAUCUAAUGGACCUGCUGCAGCCGCCCGUUCUUCCGCAAACGUCGCUUGACGAAUUCGACCCAUCUUUUCAAAGAAUCGACGGCUGGUCGUGGCCUGGGAACAAUCUGGACGGUCCGCAGCAGCCCUGCGAGAUGGAUUUGGAGUUCGACGCCGCAAUGGCUGCGCUGUUGGCGGAACCCGCGGUGAGAAUCCCCUGCUCCGCGCAAGAACUCCGCGCACCUGUACCAUCGGCGCAAACUGCUUCCGCGCAAGCCUCCGCGCCCGGCGCGGGCGCGUCUCCGGCAAUUGGAUGGCGCGCGCCCGCAGAAGUCCCCGCCGCAGCACCGAGUGCGGUUCUUUCGCCGAAGCCCGUCGCAACCGUGGCGGAAGCUUUUGCGCUGGCAGCCGCGGGCGCGGCGGGCGUGGCGCAAACGACGGAACCAACAGCCGCGCUGGCGGAAGCUGCGCCUCCCUUCACGGCCACGGCAGGCACUGCAAGCACAGGACUUCGCGAUAACAGCAGUCUAGGGUCUGAAGCAGUCAUGGUGCCGCCAUCAGCGGAGUAUAUCAACGCGGAGUUGCUACUGACGAUGCUGCUGCUGCAGCAGCAGCGCACUAAUAGCCUCGCGGGGACGGAAGGUAGCAGUCUCGCGCAGGCAGUUGUUCUCCCCACAGCGACAAACGGCGGUGCUAACGGUCGUGUUACUGCCGGUCUGCAUGGUGGCGGUGGCGGUGGCAGUGGCGCGCAGGCAGCUGUGCUUCCAGCGAACAACGACGCUACCUUCAAUCGUCCUGCUGCUGCUAUGCUUGGUGGUGGUGGUGGUGGCAAUGGUGGCAGCAGCGGCAGCGUCGCUCUGCAUCCGUUCGAUGUCAUGCUGGGAAUGGACGGACAGGAUCGCUCGGGAGGAGCAGGAGCAGGAGGAGCAGCAGCAGCUGCGCCAGCAGCCGCAGCAGCAGCAGCAGCAGACAUGGCAACCGGAGCAGCUCAAGUGGAUGGCACCGUAUCGGAUGCUGCAGUAACGAGGCUUCUGUUGGAGUGGAUAGCGAUGCAAGACAUGAAUGCGACGGGCACAGGCCCUGGAGGCCCCCCCUUGCAAUUUCCCCACCGCCUCUCCUACCACCCUCUGCCCCAAAAUAUCAUCAGAAAUCCUUCCGCCCCAUUUUCCCCAUCCCUUCCCCCGGCCCCCGUGCCGCCCACUCCUGCCACUUUUCUUCCACGAGGCUCUCCGCCUAUUCCCCUCCCCGCGCCGCCGCCUGCGCCCCAGGGCAUUUCUGGCGGAACGAGUACUGGCGGGAGUGCUGGCGGAGCGGAUACUGGCGGGAGUGCUGGCGGGGCAUGUAGUGGCGAGAUUGCUGGCGGAAGCUCUGCUGCAGCGACCAUGGGUGCGGGGACGUCAGGAGGGGCGGGUGUGGUGUCAGCGGGGGCAGGAGAGGCGAUGACGUUUGAGGCAGCGGCGCAGCAGCUGUUCCUCGCCACUGCGCCUGCUGCGCUGGGAGGGAGGCGGGGAGGGUGGGCGGACGAGGGGGGUGCAGCUGCGGCGAGGGCAUCAGGGGUUGGAGAAGGAGCGUUGCCCUGUUGUGCUGCUGCGGUGGAAAGAGAGGAGGAGCAACGAGGGCGGGAGCGGAAUAUGGAGAGUAGCAAUGGGCCAAGCGAGGGCAAUCACCGUGGACAGGCGUUGCUACAGAUGAUCGAGGAUAUGGAGCAGCAGCAACAGCAACAGCAGCAGCAGCAGCAGCAGCAGCAGCAGCAGCAGCAACAACAAGAGCAUGGGGCACAGUACGAGCAAGAGCGUGAAACGCAGCAGCAAGGGCAUUGGCAACAGCAGCAGGAGAAGGGGGGGCUUGCGGCGUCGCUGGGGGGGUUGACGAGUGUGACAGUAACGAGGGCUCUGAGCGCGCUGGGUGUGGGGGAGAGCAGCAGCGGAGUGGUGCAGCAGGUGGGCGGGGUGAGAGGCCGGGACUGGGACCACCCGGGUGCAUCCUCAUCGCCCUUCAAGCAAGUGCGAGUGCAUUCCCAGGCGCAUUCUCAGGCGCAUUCUCAGGUGAAUUCCCAGGUGCAGCCUAGCAGGAGUAAGGCGUCCCUCCCCACGCAAGCUCGCCGCACCCCUGACCUGUCAGCACGACUGAAGGGGCUCCUAGGGGUGAUAGGCUCGGGAAUAGGUCCGGUAGUGGAUGUAGCAGCAGGUACGCACGGUGCGGGUCAGGCAGCCGAAGCUGGGUGCACAGCAGAGGGAGGCGAAGAUGCUUCUAUGGAGGUGCAGGAGGGCGGGAUGGGAGACGUGAAUGUGACUGCAAGGGGGGGCGCAAGCUUUGCUAGCAGCACGGCUGCAGGACGGACGAUUGGAGGCGGGUUCUUUGGUGCAAGUGCCAGCCUUGGUUUCCAGAGGGACUUUGGCUAUGAGCGAUGGAAGGAGCAGGUAAGGGUGCUGCUGGAAGGAAGUGGGAGGAACGGGGGGAAGCAGCAGCAGGAGCAGCAGUGGGGCCAGCAGGAGCAGUCGAAUCAGCCGAAGCAGAGGCGCAAGCGAGGGGAGAUGAGUGCGGAGCGGCAGCAGGAGGAGGAGAGGAGGCAGGAGAGGAAGCUUCUUCAGAAGAUGCUGCAGGCUCUGCCUAAAAGGCAGGCGCACCAACGGCUCCGGCCGCUGAAACCGGAUGUUUCUGGGCUGCUUCCUGGCAUGGUGGACGGCGGGAAGGAGAGGCACCUGUGGUCGCAGCUGUCAGCGCUGGCUGAAGCUCUCACCACCGACGAUUCGGUGCGGUGGCGGCACUUCAUGCGGCAGGUACGGAGGGAGGCGGCAGCGGGGGGGGACACGCUGCAGCGCAUCGCCUUCCACGCGCUGCAGGCGCUGCGGGCUCGCACCGAUGGCACCGCCAUCCAGCAGUUCAGUUGUGCCCGCGCUUGCUCUGCCGAGCUCUCUACUGAGGUGUCUGCCCACGUGUGUUUUGGCGACGGCACCGCCAUCCAGCACCAGCAGUUCGAAUACCGUCGUGCUUGCUCCGCUGAGGGUAUCAUGGAGCUGAUGGGCCACGACAGUGCUUAUAGCGUGCCAUCCUUUAUGGAGUACAACUAUGCGGCACAGGUGCAAGAGAUAACCCAAGCCUUCAUAGAGUCUCCCGGUAAUGCCGCUGCCUCACCAGCAACGGCACCAGAAGCAGCAGCAGCUACAGGAACUUCCGCAGCAGCAGCAAGGGAUGCAGUAGGGGAGGCAGCUGCAGCAGAAGAGGAGGCAGGGAGUGCAGGGGCGAGCAGGAAGAGUCGGGUGCGGCGGCGGCGGCUGCACAUCAUAUCGCUGGGUUUCUACCCUGGGCCCCAGUGGGUGAACAUCCUCAUGCGCCUCUCCGCUCACUUCUCCCAACUCACUGCCUUGCCGCCUGCCCAUGCUGCUGCUGCUGCUGCGGCUGAAGCUGGUGCAGGUGAGGCCACGCCCAAUUCCGAAACUGACACGAGAGCCAGCAGUGAGACUGGCACUGCGUCGGGCCCAGCCAGCACCAGCAGUGGGAAGGCUGGGAGCAGCAGCCAAGGCAGGAGUGAGGGUGAGCAGAGAGCGGGUGCGAGCAUGUCCUCCUCUCCCUCCCCUGCCUCGUCCGCCACUCCCUUGGGUUCCCCACCCACCUCCACCAGAAUAUCUGCUCCUACCACUGCACCUCCCACUUCUCUUGCAUCCUCUGCAGCACCGCCCUUCUCGCCUGCACCAAGAGGCACUACAGCUAGCCCCCCUGCUGCUCCCUCCCCUGCAGGAGACGCCAACACAGGCACCAGCACCCGGGGAUGGGAGCGACCCUACCCAUCGCCCCCCACCCCGCUGCUCAAGAUCACAGCCGUCGAUUUCUCCACAGUGAAGCUCUCAUCUCAACGGUCAGGAAUGGUCUAUCUGGGCGGGCGGUACCUGGAGCAAGUAGCUCGGAUGCUAGACAUCCCCUUCACCUUCCAGGGGGUCGAAACCGCACCGGAGGAUUUCCAUCCGUCAAUGGUGGAAGUGGAAGAAGGAGAGGAGGUAGUGGUGCUAGGCAAAUGGUCUCUCCACCUCUUCCCAGACAACUCAGUCCUCCGAUCAAACCCCAGAAACGCCAUCCUCAAGUGGAUUUAUGACCUCUCUCCUCUCCUCUUUCUGCACGUCGAUCUCGACGCGGAUGCCAAUGGGCCCUUCUUCCUCCCGCGCUUCCAGAACGCCGCGCGCAACUUCGCAGCGAUCGUCGAGUCGCUGGACACAAACCUCCCGCACUCCGCGGCACCGCGGCAGGCCUGCGAGGCGUUUCUAGCGCACGACAUGGUGAACAGCAUCGCCUGCGAGGGCACACACCGGUGGCUGAGGACCGAGCGGCUGGAGCAGUGGAGGAAGAGGUUGGAGGCGGCAGGGUUCCAGCCGAAGCCGCUGCAUGCGGACACGGUGAGUGCGAUGCGGGCGGUGACGGAGGGGCGGGAUAGGCGGUUUGAACUGAAGGUGGACGAGCGGUGGUUUGGAGCGUCGGCGGAGCUCAGGUGGCGAGGCACGCCCACUGUGUUUGUGGCCGCGUGGCACUGA